UUAAAAUUGAUGGAACAAGCAAACUUAUUUUCAGUGUUCAGAUAACUUUCAACUGUUAGCACAAUAAUUUCACGAUAAAUAUUAUUUAACGAGAAAAAUGCAAAAAGUGGUUUGUAUAUGUAUUUUCGCAAUCAUCUGCCAAACAGUAUUUAUUGCUGGGUUGGAGAGAACAUGGAAUUUGCGCCAAAAAAGAAUGACAUAUGAUGAAGAAUGUCGAGCUCUAAUGCCCGGACCGGGCAAGAAAUUAGUUGAAUGUUGUCAAAUGCCAAAUAUAUUACCUGGUUUGGACAAAGAAUGGGAGACAUGUUUUGAAACAUUUAAACAAAUGAAGGACAAGCCAGAUUCCAAAGAAUAUAAAGAAAUGGUACACGGAAAAGAUCCCCCAUGUCUAUUUCAAUGUAUUUUUAUACAAUCUGGAUUGGUUGCUAAUGAUGGAAAACUUAACAAAGACAAGAUAAUUAAAAAAAUGAGUGAAGGAAUGAACAAUGAUGAAAAAUGGAAGUCUUUGUGGCAGCCUAAAUUCAAUAAAUGUUAUGAUGAAACUGAACAUGAGGAAAAAAAUCCUAAUCCCAUGGUUAUAAUGAACACUCCUGCAGGAAGAUUGAUGAAAUGCUUUUUGAGAGAUAUGUACAUGAAUUGUCCAAAAGAUGUGUGGGUUGAAAGUACCGAGUGUACAAAUAUGAAAAAGCUAGUAGAGAACUGUCCUGCAAUGCCACCUCCAGUAUUUAAAACCCCUCCAAUAUUGAUUCAUUAAAAGAAUACUGUUAGUUGUAAAAAUUACUUAGGUAAAGCAAAUCACAAUAUAUUAUUUCAAAAUGGAUGUAUGGAUCAAACAAUAAAUAAUACACUUUAGAAAUUAAAAAAAAA